UCUCUCUCUAUCUGUCAUGUUCUUCAAUAUAAUUCUUCCCCUAUUUUCUUGACACCCUUUGUUUUCUUAAGUUCGUUGAGGGAAUGGGGCUGCUGAUUUCUUGGCCAUAUCUAACUUAGUUGAUUUCAUCAAAGGCCUGGUCGGCAGUCUCUUUGAAUCUUACAGCUUAACAAAAUCCCCAUCAGAAUCUUUGGACCCUGCAUCACUUGAAGUUGAUAUAUGAUGGAAGCUGGAGGUGAAAACAAAACUAAUGCUAAUAAGGGACCUGACCCUUACCCAAAUAUAAUUGAACAUGAAUUGCACCACACAUUUCCAUUAACAGAACAAGAACAUGGGGGCCCAAACAUUAACAACAAAUUGGAAGCUCAUUCUUCUUCCUCCUCAUCAUCAUCAUCAUCACCAUCGUCACCAUCAUCACCAUUAUCAUCCCAAAACCCCUUCUUAGUGCCAAGUGAUGCAACCAACAACACUGUUUAUGGGGGAAGUUCAAUAGGUGAUGAAACACAUCACUCUCCUUCCAAUGAUGUGCAAGGCUUCCCCCCAUCAUUUGCACCAUCAGCAGCAUAUGAAACAUCAUCAAAAGGAAAUCCAUUCCAUGAGCCAAUAAAUACAAACAAUAGGGUCCCACAUGAAGCACUUGAACCAUUGCAAAACCAACCACCACCUGCUUUUGAAAAUGUCCCUACACAUGUUGAUUCACAUCAUCCCUUGCAAGUCACAGAGCAAGGACAGCAGAGUAUCAUGGCUAGUAACAAUUUGGAGAAAUCAAUUUCCCCAGCUUCUGAAUCUUCAAGCCAAGAACACAUACAUGGUUUUGUGAAUGACAUCAAUAAGCCCCAAACAGACACCAAAUCACCUCCAAAAUUGGGAGUGGAUUCACAAGUAGCUGAAGAAUCUAGUGAUGAUGAUAUCCCAAUCAGCUCCAUGGAUGGACCCAGCUCUGAACGGAAGCAUGGACAUUCUAAUGAUGUAGCAGGACAACAAUACUCAGGAGGAGCAGCAGCAUCACAUGGUUCAAAUGGGGAAAUUGGCACAAAGAAAGGACCAGAGAUACAAACACCUCCAGUGCAAGUGAUGGAGCGUCCAGGUGAAUCUUCUCAGUAUGUUUUUCCAUCCCAUGUCUUUGCUAGAAACAACACAAACGCCCCAGGUGAGUGGAGCACUGCAUCCAAUGAGUCAUUGUUCAGCAUUUACAUGGGAAACAUGAGCUUCUCAAAUGAACUAGUUUGCUUGAAAUCUUGUGAGUUGGAUAAGCCUGGUGGUGAUAACAAUACAAACACACACAAUGAUCCACAAAAUGCUUUACCAACUCAACAACAACCACCAGCCCCAGUGAACAAAUUCAAUGAUAUCAGCCAAAGAACUGCUGAAAUGCAUGAAGAAAGUUCCAGAUUAACUGAAGCAAAAGCUGCUGAGACAAUGAGAGAGGUCAUCAUGGAAAGUAGUAGAACCACAGAGAAUACUAGUAAAAAGGUUGAAAGAAAUUCUAAUUCUCGUAACCAAUCAGAUGGGAGCACCAAAUCCUAUGCAUUUAAAACAUCGACCGAGGGAGAUAAAAGUGUUUCAUCCAAGAGUGGAAGAGAUAAGCAAAAGCAACAGAAGCAGUCAGAGCAAAAAGAAACACCAAUUGCAGAUGAGCAAACCCCAAAGUCAACCACAAAUGCACCUACUAACAGAUUUCUACAAUGCUUCGCGUGCUGUGCAUGUUGUCAUUAGGAGACACAUUAUAUGAUCAUCACAUGAGAUCGUAUGUUUGGUUUGGCGUUAGCGCAAAUGCAUAUGCGAUUUCACAUGUCUCAAAGUAUUAAUGGAGAAGCUAAAAUUUGUUACGUGAAAUUCAACAAUAUUCGGAGAAGCAGACUUGGCCAUGUAGAGUACAAAGGAAAUCCGAAUUCAAACUGAGUCUCUUGGCUUUCGCCAUGACCGUUUCCUACCUGUGUUAUCUUAUCAAGCUAGUAUUUAUACAUCUGCAUUGUAGAAUAGCUCUAGCCACUUAGUUUUAACUCUGCUUUUUUAUUUCGGGUCAUGUUGAUUUUGUACAUUCUAGUUGGGAAAUCAGAGACAUUUCUGAUUAGCAGUGUAUAAUAGAUUGUUAGUCUAAUUGUACAAUUAACAAAUUAUCACAGGAAUGGCUGAGGUAAUUGUCCAUGUAUUCCAUAGCAAGUUUGUCAUCUCAAAUGUAGUGCGUAGUAAAAAUUGGCAUGUUCAUCAAGAUUAUGUAGUCAACUCUGUGAAAUAUCUCUCACUUGUUCUUAAAAGGGU